AGGGCGGGCCAAGGAAAAAAAACCGAAACAUGAAGCGGCUAGAGAAAUUGCCGGCUGAGGAAACGUUGAAGUUCCUCCACCAAGUAGUUGAUGGUGUUUGUGGCCGGGCGUAUCCUCGUUACCAAGACUAUAACACUGUUUGGAAUUUGACAGAAUGGAUGGAAGUUUUAGAACAGGUGGCCACAUAUUUCAAAUCCACAGUUGGCAAAAAUCUCUCAGAUGAAGAGGCUCUUCAGCAACUGAGCGAGCUGAGUGCUGAUUCUCAAAGAGUAAUAGUGACUUGCUUGAAAGGCAGAAAGCCUGAUAUCAGGCACGCACUGAUUCAGAGAACAGAUGCCAUCUCUUCUGCACGGCUACAGGAUUUUGACUGGCAGCUAAAGCUCGCCCUGUCCAGUGAUAAGCUCUCCGUGCUGCAAAUGCCGCUUCUGAAUCUUGACCUGGAUGUGUCCGAGGAUGGAGACCCAAAGCAGCUCUCUGUGGAAAUGAAUAAGGAGGAGCUGCAAAACCUACUCAGUGCGUUGGAAGCUGCUAAUAAAGUUGUCCUGCAGUUGAAAUAAUCUGAACUAUUUGGGAUGUCGGUCAGUGAGGAGGAAAUCGGCCUGUGUUCCACGCAGCGCAAGCCUUUAUGCUUCUGAAGUCCCUGCUGAAGAGUGAGGGGAGACUCUCGCCAAGAGCCUCAACCCUGAUCUACACUAAACCAAAAUAAACAAAAACACACGAGAGCUCAUUCAUGGUUAGUGAAAAGAGAAACAGCUUUGAGACACGGCUGCAGCCUUUCCGAGAAGUCUUGAGGACCAUGUUUAAGAGCUCGUUGGAGACCCUGAAGAUAUAUUGACCUUUUGUUGUCUUGUGCUACUAGCAAAGCAGCAAUAAUUUACCCCCUAAGUGUGAAUAUUCCUUGCCUGCUUUGUUCAACAUUCAUGUAAGUAGAUUCCAGAUCAGGACUGCAAAAUGGUUUUCAUAGAAGCCAAUCAACUGCCUAGGAAGUGUGUUUCUUUGUCCGUAAUGAGCUCUUGUGCUAAACGCCGUGAAGUAUUGUCUUCCGUUAAUUGUGUCAGAAUGGAAAUGGCAAACUGGAGGGGCUGCCAGAGCCAAACAGACUUUUGACAGCAACGGAGUGGGCCUGCACACCGGGGGCUGAAUACUAGAAGAAUGAAUAAAUAGUUGUCCCUCUGGAAAAAAAGGUCUUGAAACCAUCAGACGUGUAAAUGAAAGUUCAUAUAUUUAUUUCAUAUUAAAAAAGUAUUAUGCCAUCACUAAUAGGCAAGGGCAAGCAUUCCACCUCUUUGGGCUUGUGAUUGGCCCCUCUGCAUUUGCCUUUGUCUGUGUGUGAGAUGGGUUGGUUUUUAUUAAUGGGAGAGUAGACUGUGAAGGAGAAAUGAAAUCCUCCUUAGAGAGCUGAAACCUACAUAACUUUGCUCUCCUUGUGGUAGUACAGUCUAGCUGAUAACUGUCAAGAUAAUUGCUUGCAGAGAGUUCGUCCACAAAGUUAAUACACAGUAGCUAAUAGCAUAUUUUAGUUUGUAUUAAAAUUUGUGUGCAUACGUAACUUUAAAGAAAGCAUUCAAGGUAAAUGUAAGAACCACUUGUCUGUCCUUUUCUAGCACGUUGUUGUAUUGAGCUUGAAUUUUUCAGUCUUGUCCUUUUGCUGUCCCAGUGGGGGAAGGGAGGAAGUCGUGCUAUAAUUGUAACCACAAGGAAUGAUUACUGCUUCUCCACAGACUAUCACUGAAAGAGACUGGAAAGAAGCAAUAAGCUGUGAAAAGCUAACUAAAUACAUUGCAUGUGUCAAAUUAUAAAACAAUUUUUCUACGAAAAUUCUUUGUACCAAAAUUCAUUAAUAAAGUGCAUAAUUAACAAUU